GUCAAAAUAUCACUGCUCAAUGGAAAACACGCUAAAACCCUUGUUUCUUCUUCUUCUCACGCAAAAAAAAAAAAACCUUUUUCUUGCGCGAAAACACGAAAACCUUUCUUCUCAGCCGCUAAUCUUUGCCGCCGCCGCAUAAUCUCCGCCACAACCCUAAAGGAAGUUCUGGUGUUGUAGUACACUGAUGGCUAACUCAAGUAUCAAAUCUACGCCAACAAUGUCAAUGGACUCCAUGGAACAGAAGGGGAAAAACAUUGCUGAAUCAAAUGAGAGCAUAGAUGGUCCAAUAUCUAUCCUUUGGGAUAUUGAAAAUUGUUCUGUUCCAAGUGAUGUACGCCCAGAGGAUGUGGCGGGUAAUAUAAGAAAGGCUCUGAAGGUGCAUCCAGUAAUUGCAGGAGCUGUUAUGAUGUUUGCUGCUUAUGGGGAUUUCAAUGCUUUCCCUAGGCGACUUAGAGAGGGCUGUCACAGAACUGGUGUUAAACUUAUGGAUGUUCCCAAUGGGAGAAAAGACGCUGCUGACAAAGCAAUCUUGCUCGACAUGCUCUUAUUUGCUCUUGACAACCCCGCACCAGCCUCGAUCAUGCUAAUCUCUGGAGACGUUGAUUUUGCUCCAGCACUACACACUCUUGGUCAGCGGGGAUACACUAUAAUUCUUGUCAUCCCUGCUGGGGUUGGGGUUUCUUCUGCCCUAUGCAAUGCUGGUAAAUUUGUUUGGGACUGGCCUGUUGUGGCUCGUGGAGAAGGUUUCGUCCCCCCCUCAAAGGCUUUGGCGCCACCCCGUGGAGGUUCAGUUGAUCCUUCUAGAUAUUUGAUGGGAUGCCAUAUCAAUGACAGCACCGGUGGACAAAAUGAAGAAGAAGCAAUAGUUUAUAGUGGGAUGCCACGGAGCUAUUCCAACUCGAGGGAAUUCUCAGUGGUAUCACAAUCUCUGUCUGAAUAUAACUCACCGCACGUGUCUUACUUGCCAACAUCUUUGAGAUCAUAUAGCCUUCCAUCUGGGUUGAAUGAUGUUGCUGGAGAAUCUGUGCCUUCUAGCGACAAUACUGAAUGCCAGACAUGGGUACAGCCUGGGGAUUUAAAUGGUCUCAAGGGUCAGAUAAUAAGGUUGGUCGAACUUUCUGGAGGAUGCCUGCCCUUGGUCCAAGUUCCAGCAGAGUACCAGAAAAUUUAUCGUAAGCCACUCUUUCUAUCUGAAUAUGGGGCCUUUAAGUUGGUCGAUCUUUUCAAAAAAAUGGAUGAUGCCAUUUCUGUGGAAGGGAAAGGGGCUCACAGAUUUGUGUAUCUCAGAAGCAGGGAGGAUGGAUCAGGUGUUCCUCCGCUGUUUCUUGCAAAGAAAGAUAAGAAAGGAAAAAAGGCACUGGAAGAGAAUGUAAAUGCUGUCAUUGGUGGCUGCUCUUCGUAUGAGAAUGAGUUGUCGAAUAAGCUUAGUCUGUUGAAAUAUCUGUCCAGCUCUGAUUCUGGUCAGAUAUUCAUGUUUGAUAUUGAUGAGUUGCUUGGUAUUGAAUAUUGAUGAGUUGCUUUGAAGUUAUAUACCAGCAACAGUACAAGAAACAAUUGGAAUAUCAGAUAUUUGGCGUGGACAAGUUGGAGGACUUGUUGGAAAAAGUGAGUGAUGUGGUAGUAUUGCAUGAGGAACCAGUGUGUUUUUUAUAGUUACUGGCCUGCAUGUAUUUGAACCUUGUAAAAUUACUGUGCUCCUUAUAUACAGAUGAAAGUAUAUUGUAUUU